GCCGAUGUGCUGCUACUUCAUAGUGUUGGGUUGCCAUCCCCCGGAGUGCUUGGAUGCGAUCGGUUGUCAGGUUCAGGUCUGUUGUUUCUCUUACCAGAAUCCCAGCCACUGGAAGAUGACAGCCCCAAAGCCCUGCCUGUGUUAGGGGAGCAAUCAAACUCGGAUAAUGACAUAAACGAGCCGGUGUUGAUCUGGGGAAUCUCAGACAAAGCAGCCCAGAGGAAAAGCAUCUCUGCUGCUGAAGGUUCGCUUCGCUUGCAACAGGAGAAACAGCAGCCGCUGGUGCACAGACCGGGGAGGCUGAGGCUGCCGCAUAGGCUACCCUUCAAAGGCAGACAUUUCACUUGCAGCAAAAUAAUAGGAAGGAGGUUCGCUUGCUUUGCGCAGAAGCUGAGCUACAGGAGAAAGCAGAGCCAAUGUGAUUUAUUGAAUGAAAGCACUGGACACUUACCAGCAACUUGUUCCUCGGCUGCCUCGAACAGCUUCAGCUGGAACUGCCGCUUGAAAAUGACCCAACAAAUGCAGAAUUUACAUCUUUCUCAGUCAAAAAAGCACAGCGCUCCAUCAUCUCCCAAUGCUGCUAAGCGCCUGUACAGGAACCUCUCGGAGAAGCUGAAGGGCAGCCACUCAUCCUUUGAUGAGUCCUAUUUUAAAAGCAGAACGGAUCGGCUGAGUCUCAGAAAGACCUCCAUGAAUUUCCAGGGCAAUGAAGCCAUGUUUGAGGCUGUUGAGCAGCAGGACCUAGAUGCUGUACAGCUCCUCCUCUACCAGUACACACCAGAAGAACUAGAUCUGAACACACCAAACAGCGAGGGACUGACACCCUUGGACAUUGCCAUCAUGACCAACAAUGUGCCCAUUGCUCGGAUUCUUCUGCGGACAGGGGCCCGAGAAAGUCCACACUUCGUCAGCCGGGAAAGCCGAGCCAUGCACCUCAACACACUCGUCCAGGAGGCUCAGGACAGGGUGAGUGAGCUGUCUGCCCAGGUGGAGAAUGAAGGCUUCACUCUGGACAACACGGAGAAGGAGAAGCAGCUGAAGGCGUGGGAGUGGAGGUACCGGCUCUACAGACGCAUGAAAACCGGCUUUGAGCACGCCAGACCCCCAGAGGCGCCAGCCAACGCCUGCCUCAUGGUAACCAGCAGCACAUCACUCACUGUCAGCUUCCAGGAACCCCUCAGUGUCAAUGCAGCUGUAGUGACCAGGUACAAAGUGGAGUGGAGCAAGUCUAAAGACUUUGCCCCUUUGGCUGGGGAGAUCCUCAUGGACAACCUGCAGACCCUGAGGUGCACAAUCACAGGCCUCACCACGGGCCAACAGUAUUUUGUUCAAGUCUCAGCUUACAACAUGAAAGGAUGGGGGCCAGCUCAGACCACAACGCCGGCAUGUGCCUCUCCCUCUAACUGGAAAGACUAUGACGACAGAGAGCCCAGACACAAGGGACAGAGCGAAGUUCUGGAGAGCCUGCUGCAGCAGGUCCGAGCCCUUCAUCAGCAUUACAGCUGCCGGGAAAGUUCGAAAUUGCAAACCACGGGCCGCAAGCAGUCAGUGUCAAGGAGCCUAAAGCACCUGUUCCAUUCCUCCAACAAGUUUGUGAAGACCUUGAAACGAGGACUCUACAUAGCUGUUAUAUUUUAUUAUAAAGACAAUAUGUUAGUCACCAAUGAAGAUCAAAUACCAAUUGUUGAAAUAGAUGACUCUCACACCAGCUCUGUUACACAAGACUUUCUAUGGUUCACAAAGCUGUCUUGUAUGUGGGAAGACAUAAGGUGGCUGAGGCAAAGUGUGCCCAUCUCCAUGUCCUCAUCCACAGUGCUGCAAACUCGGCAGAAGAUGCUUGCUGCAACCGCCCAGCUACAGAAUUUACUUGGAACACACAACUUGGGAAGACUUUACUAUGAGCCCAUUAAAGAUCGCCAUGGCAACAUCCUCAUAGUCACCAUCAGAGAAGUGGAGAUGCUUUAUUCCUUUUUUAAUGGCAAAUGGAUGCAGAUCUCAAAACUGCAAAGCCAGAGGAAGUCCCUGUCAACUCCCGAGGAGCCAACAGCCUUAGAUAUUUUACUAAUAACCAUUCAGGAUAUCCUCUCCUAUCACAAAAGGAGUCAUCAGCGUCUCCCUCCUGGACUGUAUCUAGGUUACCUAAAGCUAUGUAGCUCUGUGGAUCAGAUCAAAGUGCUUGUGACCCAAAAGUUGCCGAACAUUCUCUGCCAUGUGAAGAUCCGUGAAAACAGUAACAUCUCCAAAGGGGAGUGGGAAUGGUUCCAGAAGCUCUCUGGCUCAGAGUCGAUGGAAAGUGCAGAUCACAGUGUUGACUGCCCCGCACCAUUGUUCUUCUACGAGCUGCAGACGGCAGUGAAGUCUCUCCUGAAGCACAUCAAUGUACCUCUGCACCAGGCAAGGAACUUCCGCCUCUACACACAGGAGGUGUUGGAAAUGGGUCACAAUGUGUCCUUUCUUCUCCUGCUCCCUGCCUCAGACGACGUCUGUACAGCCCCAGGACAGAAUAAUCCUUACACCCCACACUCAGGGUUUCUUAACCUCCCUCUUCAGAUGUUUGAACUCGUUCAUUUUUGCAGCUACAGAGAGAAAUUUAUUAGUCUGUAUUGCCGUCUCUCUGCUGUUGUGGAGCUGGACGCCCUGAACACCCAGCAGUCCCUGAGGGAAGCAAUCUCAGACAGCGAGGUUGCAGCCGCCAAACAAAGACAUCAGCAAGUGUUAGACUUCAUUCAGCAAACAGAUGAAGUCUGGCGUGAAAUGAGGUGGAUCAUGGAUGCUCUACAGUAUGCAAGAUACAAGCAACCUGUCUCUGGCUUGCCCAUCACUAAGUUGAUAGACCCCUCCCAUGAGCAGAAUCUAAAGAAGAUCAGUUCUACGUCAUCACAUAUAGACUGUCUUCCAUCAACAUCUCCAUCCCCAGAGAUGCACAGAAGAAAGGCAGUGAGUGAGUCACAGCCCUGCUCCGAUGAAGAAGGCUGCUCCGAAGUCUUCCUCCCCACCGACAGUGACUAUGACUCCAGUGAUGCCCUGAGCCCACGAGACCUGGACCUGGUUUACCUGUCAUCACAUGACAUCGCCCAGCAGGCCCUCAGUGGCCUCAGUGGCAGCGCCCCAGAUGUCCUACAGGUGCAUGACAUGAAGGCCUCCAUGGGGUCUGGCCAGGACCCUCCGGGCCCAGUACAGGGCCCAGACACCGACCACUCGUGUGCAGAGUUUCUGCACAGCCUGACCCUCACAGGCUUGGCACCCAAGAACCACACCAAGAUGGUGCCAGGCACACGGCCGCCACUGGGCUUCCUGGGAAAGAGGAAGCCAGGCAAGCACCAGCACUAUGGUGGCUUCAGCCGACACCACCGCUGGCUGCGCAUGCACAGCGAGACACAGUCGCUGUCGCUCUCGGAAGGCGUCUACACGCAGCACCAGUCUAGGGCCUGUGGCCUGCCUCAGGAUCCUGGCGAAGCCGAGGGGCCUGGACCUGUGGUGGAUGGGCCCCGGGGCCUGCCUCUGACCCACGCGGCCAGCCUCCCAGAGGAGCGGAGGAGCUGCCUCCAGGACCCCAGGAGGUCAGUGCACAGAGUCUAUGUGGAAGCCUACCCCGAUACACUCAUGGGCCAGGACACAAAACUGUGGACUGGGUUGAGUCCUACCCCUACAGGCCGUACCAGCCUGUCAAGCGCCACUAGUUCAGAGAUGAGCCCAGACCCCACAUCCCCAGUUUCAGAAAUCCUAAGCAGUAUGCUUUAGGGUGGCCCAGGCUGGCUAUCUAUUGUGCCCCACCCACCCACCCACCUCCCCACCCAGUAUUUCUUGCAUUUCCAUCAUAUUUCCUGCCGCACUGUUCCCCCAUCUAAUUUCAAAAUUUUUGAAAGUUAGAUGUUCAAAGGUUACCCUCCAAAGUGGGCACAGGAUGAGGGAGAGGGGAAGCUAGAGUUAUCACAGCCAUUUCCUCCUCACCCUAGGAAACGCAUGGUAUCUGAGGCCCACGAUGCAAAUAUAGAAGUCUUUCCGUGGCACCUGUGGCUAAGACAGGCCAGUCCAAGGAGGACACUUUAUUCUGCAGUUGUCUCUGUAAUCUCAACCCUGGGCCUGGAGUUCUUUUAUGAGUUUGUGGUUGACGACCAAGUUCAGUCAGUGAAAAAAGAACAGCAUAGCUUUUCCCGCAAAUCCAAACUUUCAGAAGAAUUUGGGGAAAAGAAGCCUGUGUUGUGUCUGGAGAGCAAGGGGUCAUGUAGACUUGUGCUGGGGUUUCCCUCCACCAAACCAGGACAUUUUGAAGUGCAGGGUUCUUGGGACUCCCCAAGUCCAAUUUCUUCACUAGCACUCACCUGGUGAAGUGGGCCUUGGAUAGACCUUUUUUUUUCUCCACUUCAUGUUAUGUAGAGAACUCCAGAAACAGAAGUGGAGGGCACUUCUUUGCUAGCCCUAUUCUGUAAGAUAAAGCAGCCGUUCUGACAUGCUCAGAUCCCAUUCAGUCAUGACAAUGAACAGUAAAUUAUUCCAGAGUGCAAGGAGAUGGCUGCAUUAGUGCAAGCCUAAAUUACAGCAGUGGAAGGGGAAGAGAAAAGAACUAAAAUCCUUUUCCUUUACAAUGAGUCAAAUGGGUCCAUGGCAGCUGCACCAUUUAGAAUGGCCUUGGACAUGCACCAUAUUUUAAACUGAUCCAACAGUUAUUGAACAAGAAUGUGUCCACUAGAUAUGGUCAGGUAGUGAUGGGUUCCUCUAAGCACCACAGGCACAUCCUUCACCCCCUCAUCACUGGUUAAGACCGUUCAGGGCUGGGGUGGCUACCCUCUACUUUGACCCUGCUCCUCAUAACAUGAAUGUCGUGUCCAUCCCCCCCCACACCCCGAAGAUCAUCUGGCCCAUUGGCCACAUGGGAAAUCUUUCCUUAGUAGCCUCAGCCGGUAGUUCACGCCAAGCAUGUGCACGAUACCACCUGGAAAUGCUGCUUUAGUCACAUCAGCUCUAGUCACGCAGCAUCUGUGGUUCUCAUAGGUGAGAAAUGCAAACAAAAGCUACACCUCACAUUCAAGUAAGGCACAGUUUUCCUAGAGCCCAGACCCAUUCAGUUCACGGGGGUUCUAGAUGGUCCAUUUCUACAUAACAGGCCUUUCGGUUAACUACCGUUCUUUUUUAUCAUGUCCUCAGACCUAAGUCCUCCUGAAAGUUCAUACAAACCCCAUGUUCACCAUGGUGUUCUGAUUCCCUCUGU